CUUUUUUAUUGCCACGAUCUUGGCCAUAGUGACGGGCUAACAUUGAGUUGAGGGGGGUGUUGGGAGUGAUUCAGUUAUUCACGCUAGUUGCCAAAUCUAUCCCCAUUCCUAAAUCUAGCAUUUCACUUUGCACGUUACGCAUUGCUUUUGAGUGACAUACAGUAUAUGCGUCUUUCGUAUCAUAAAUUGACUAUAACUUGUUCACAUCGCAACGUUCCAACAUCCACAGUCAGAGAGCUCUUGGAAGAGAUCCUCCAGUGAUUGGUAUGCCUGAGGCGAGACAGCUCUGCGCGCGUGUGUGUGUGUUGGUGCAAAAAACUUUCGGUUUCGCUACGCUAUUCUUUCAAUAAGGUAAGGUUCAGCCUUUUGGAAGAAUGAUGAUACAUCUCAAAAAGUAGUGUCGCAGGAAAGCUUGACACAAUUCUGGAGAAGUUGAGUUAGUCAACAUCAAAACUACAAUUACUGCGGCUGCACAGAAUUACUCGUUUAUGUGUUGGGAUCAUGGAGGAAUGUCAUGAUUGGGCCCCAAUCCAGAAUGGUCCAACACAAUGACACUGACCUCACAGUUGCACCACAAGGCCCAUCCAAGCCAGCAGAGCACCCUACGCCCUGUCCUGUCCCACCAACUCACUUUCGGCCCUUUCGGCAUGAGCAGGACUGUAAUCUCAUCACCAAGGCUGUGCAUCACUUGAGCCACAGUGGAUUUUAUUGGGGUCCCUUAGAUGUGGAUGAGGCUCACGCACAACUUGCCAAGCUCCCCCUUGGGACAUUCUUAAUCAGGGAUAGCAUGCAGGCAAAUGUUUUCUUCACUCUAAGCUAUCAGGCUCCCGAGGGACCAACCAGUGUACGGGUGCUCCUCAAAGAUGGGGGUUUUAGUUUGGCUGGGAGUAAACACACUUUCCCUUGCCUAUUUGCCCUGCUGCAAUACUAUAUAGCUUCCCCAAAAAAGAGCCUGAGUAUGCCCUAUCGUGGAGAAGCAGCACAGAGCCUACAAGAACUGGCAAGGAGAGCAGUAGUGCAAAGUUUUGGGAAAGAUAGCAUUCAACAACUGCCUGUGAGCAAGAAGCUUAAAGAUUUUCUGUGGUUGUACCCAUUUAGUAUAUGAACAUAUAACAGAUUGUUACAGAUUGCAGCGAUCCAACUAGAACAUACUGUAGUGUUUUUAAGUGUGUGAUUGUUUGGGUUAUUCUCAGAAAAAUGCACUACAACAAAGUUUUAUUUGAAAGAUACUGCAUAAUAAGUAGCCUACUUUACGUUGGUACUGGUAAAGUACUACAAUCUGUAUUACUGUAUAUCAGGAUCAGAUCAGAAUCAGAAUGAUCUUUAAUGCCAAGUGUGCUCACGUACACAAGGAUUGUUUUUUUCGGUGAAUGGGGAAACAAGCAAGUGGACACAAAAUAUUACAGUGACACACAGAAUAUAAAACAAGGUAAAAGUAUAAAUAGACAUACAAAGAAAAAAAAAUAUAUAUAUAUAUAUAUUUAAAUAGUAUUGUUUGUCUUUAUAUAUGAAUGUAAACCAUCGAAUACACAGCACUGGUAGUGGCCGAUGUCAGUAUGAAAAUUUAAAUCAUGGGUUCUUUAUAUUGGUACAUACUCUAUAUACAGUACAACAUGUAGACUAUAAAAUCUAUAAUGUGUAUUGUAAAUCAAUAAUAUUCUGCCAUGCAGAUAUUCCAUCCAUUUCACCCAGUUUGAUGUUAAAUAUUUUUGU